AUGCGCCCUGUCUGUGCGGUUGUGGAUGGUUUCCCACCUGAAGGCUCCUCCGGCUCUUCCCCAGGCCCCGCCUCGGCCUCUGAAAUGUCUCUGCUGCAUGCUCUGGGUCCAGUGCAGACCUGGCUGGGACAGGAGCUGGAGAAAUGUGGCAUCGAUGCCAUGAUCUACACGCGGUAUGUCCUCAGUCUCCUGCUGCAUGACAGCUAUGACUACGACCUGCAGGACCAGGAGAAUGACAUCUUCCUGGGCUGGGAAAAAGGAGCUUACAAGAAAUGGGGGAAGAGCAAGAAGAAGGGCUCAGAUCUAACUCUGGAAGAGAUGAAAAAACAGGCUGCUGUCCAGUGUCUCCGGUCUGCAUCUGAUGAAAGCUCCGGGAUCGAGACGCUGGUGGAGGAGCUCUGCUCCCGCCUCAAGGACCUGCAGAGCGAGCAGGAAGAGAAGAUUCGCAAGAAGGUAGAAGGGUCUCCCUCCCCAGAGGCAGAACUGUCCCCAACAGCAAAGGAUCAAGUGGAAAUGUACUACGAAGCGUUUCCCCCGCUGUCGGAGAAGCCAGUUUGCCUGCAGGAGAUCAUGACCGUGUGGAACAAGUCCAAAGUCUGCUCUUCCUCGAGCUCCUCGUCAUCUUCCACCGCGCCCCCGGCCAGCACAGACACGGCGUCCCCCAAGGACUGCAACAGUGAGGGCGAGGCCAGCAGGGACAGAGGUGAGGCGGGGCCCCCCGCUGGCCACGCGAAAACCCCGAGCAGGAGUGAAAGCGAGAAGGAGAACAAAUUUGGGAACGGCACAAUCGAAGAGAAGCCUGCUUUGUACAAAAAACAGAUCCGACACAAACCCGAAGGCAAGGCCCGCCCUCGCUCCUGGUCUUCCGGCUCCAGUGAGGCAGGCUCCAGCUCCAGCGGCAACCAGGGGGAGCUGAAAGCGUCCAUCAAGUGCGUGAAAGUCAGACACAAGGCGCGCGACCUCCGCAGCAGGAAGGGGCGGAGCGGGCAGGGCAGGCUUCCGCUGAGGCAGGGCGAGAGGGCCGAGAGGGGCGCCCACGUGGGCGGCGGCGGCAGCAGCAGCAGCGGCGGCGGCUCUGGCAGACAGCUGUGCAGGCGGGCGAAGAGGCCACUGAAAGAGGCGGGCAGGAGGGACACGGACAGCACGGAGGACAGAGACCUGCACCUGGACAGCAGGAACGACAAGGAGUACAAAGAAGAGCCGCUGUGGUACACCGAGCCGAUCGCAGAGUAUUUCGUUCCCGUGAGCAGGAAGAGUAAACUAGAGACCACGUACCGGAACCCGCAGGAGGCGCGGGACCCGACGGCAGAGGUGGUGGGGGAGCUGUCCGACUCCGUGCACGGUCUCUGUCUCAGCAAUAGCAGCGUUCAUAAAGCAUACCUCGCAGCGGGUACUUUCAUCGACGGUCACUUUGUAGAAAUGCCUGCGGUUAUCAAUGAGGAGAUUGACCUCCCCGGGACCUCGUUCUGUUCUCUCCCGGAGGACAACAGCUACCUGGAUGAUAUUCAUCUGUCAGAGUUAACACACUUCUAUGAAGUGGAUAUUGACCAAUCCAUGUUGGAUCCUGGUGCCUCAGAAACAAUGCAAGGAGAAAGUCGGAUUUUGAAUAUGAUUCGACAAAAAAGCAGAGAGAGAAGCGAUUUUGAGGCAGAAUGUUGCAUAGUGUUAGAUGGGAUGGAGUUGCAAGGGGAACGUGCAAUAUGGACAGAUUCCACCAGCUCCGCGGCCGCCGAGGGCCAGUUCCUGCAGGGCCUGGGCAACCUGGCGCAGUUCUGGGAGUGCUGCUCGUCCAGCUCCAUGGAUGCUGACGGCGAGAGCUUCGGGGGAGAGUCUCCGAUCAGACUCUCCCCCAUCUUAGACGGCGCGGCCCUCAACCCGCAUUUGCUUGCUGGCAAUCAAGAGCUCUUCUCAGAUAUUAAUGAAGGAUCUGGUAUAAACUCUUGUUUUUCAGUGUUUGAAGUGCAAUGCAGUAAUUCUGUUUUACCAUUUUCUUUUGAAACACUCAACUUGGGGGAUGAAAAUACAGAUUCUAGUGUGAACACGCUUGAGAAAACACAGUCCAGAUUGCUAAUAUGGACCAGAAAUAGUGCCUUUGAAGAAAAUGAACACUGUUCUAAUCUUUCCACGAGAACCUGUAGUCCGUGGUCCCAUUCAGAAGAAACUCGUUCAGACAAUGAGACGUUAAGUCUCCAGUUUGAAGAAUCCACGCAGUUUAAUGCAGACGAUAUUAAUUAUGUAGUUCCUAGAGUCUCGUCAAAUUAUGUAGAUGAAGAACUUCUAGAUUUCUUGCAAGAUGACACUUGCCAACAAAACAGUAGAACUUUAGGAGAGAUCCCUACUUUAGUUUUUAAAAAAAAAUCGAAGCUAGAAUCGGUCUGUGGUAUUCAGCUAGAACAAAAGCCAGAGAACAAGACCUUCGAAACCACGCCCGUGCGAGGGGCCGGCAGCCCGGCUGGGGACGGCUACGGCCGGGGGGCCAUGAAAGACAUCUGGGCGCAGCUGGCGGGGAGGGACUCUGUGGCGCCGGCGGACGUGAACAACUACUGCUGCUGUCUGGACGCCGAGGCCGAGGCCGAGCCGCUCCGCGAGCCCAGCAAGGCCGUGCAGCGCUCCGAGUACCGCCUGUGGGACGGGCAGAAAGAGGACCCGGAGAAGCGGGCCUUCGCGUCCGGCGAGCUGUCCCAGGUGGACGGCGGCGACUACACCACGCCCUCCAAGCCCUGGGACGCGGCCCAGGAGAAGGAGAACGCGUUCAUCCCGGGCGGCGUGUACGGGGAGCUGAAGACCUUCAGCAGCGCCGGGGAGUGGGCCGUGGUGCCGCCCGGCCACGCCAGGGGCAGCCUGCUGCAGUGCGCGGCCUCCGACGUGGUCACCAUCGCCGGCACGGACGUCUUCAUGACGCCGGGCAACAGCUUCGCCCCUGGCCACCGGCAGCUGUGGAAGCCCUUCGUGUCCCUGGAGCAGAGCGACCCGCCGAGGACGGGCGAGGGCGGGCUCAACAAGGGGUUUUCCUUGGUCUUCCACGAAGACUUCCUGGGAGCUUGCGGCAACUUCCAAGUGGAAGAUCCAGGACUCGAAUAUUCAUUCUCUUCCUUCAACUUCAACAAUCCGUUCUCACAGGUUCUCCACGUGGAAUGCUCCUUGGAACCCGAAGGGAUCGCAUCGUUCAGCCCUAGUUUUAAACCGAAGUCCAUCCUCUGUUCCGAUUCCGACAGCGAUGCCUUCCACCCCAGGAUCUGUGGCGUGGACAGAACCCGGUACAGGGCCAUUCGGAUCUCGCCCCGGACUCACUUCCGCCCCAUUUCCGCUUCGGAACUGUCCCCUGGAGGGGGCAGCGAGUCCGAGUUCGAGUCCGAGAAAGACGAAGCCGGUGUUCCCCUUCCUCCUCGGGCUGAAGCGGUCGAAGAUCCGCAGGCAGACCUGAAGCCCCUGGAGGAGGACGCGCAGAGGGAAGGCCAUUACUACGGGAAGUCGGAGCUGGAGUCGGGGAGGUUCCUGCCCCGGCUGAAGAGGGCGGGCAUGGAGAAGAGUGCGCAGACGUCCCUGGACUCGCAGGAGGAGCCGGCCCCGUGCCUGGACGGCCGCGGGGGCCAGCCCCCGGGAGCCGGCGCCGAGAGCUCGGAGGCAAACUGUAAGAUAAUGGCCCCGUGUGAGGAAGAAGCUAGUCAUUUCUGUGGCUGCAAAGCGGGCUGUCAGUUCCCUGCCUGUGAUGACGGCCCGGUUCCUCCCGGACAGCUGGAGGAGUUCCCCGUGUUGAGCACUGAUGUACAAGGAAUAACCCGAAAUCAGGAGAAGCAGACCUGGUGGGAGAAAGCCCUGUACUCGCCCCUUUUCCCCGCGUCAGAGUGCGAAGUUUCUCCUUGGACCAAGAUGACUGAUGGAAACCUUUCCAGCUCUACAAAUGGCGUGGCCUUGAUGGGCAUUCUGGAUGGUCGGCCAGGAAACCAUAUUCAGAACCUGCAACACUUGAAUCUCAAGGCGCCCAGAUCCCUCUCGUUGCCGGAGUGUGGGCCCAAGCUGAAACUCGGGGCUCUAGACCAGCACAGCCUGCAGUCCGUGGACUCAGGCAUUCCUACCCUAGAGAUCGGCAACCCGGAGCCCGUCCCCUGCAGCGUGGUCCACGUGAAGAGGAAACAGUCUGAGUCGGAGAUAGUUCCUGAGCGGGCCUGCCAGAGCGCAUGCCCGCUGCCGUCCUACGCGCCACCAGCUCCCACCAGCGCCGAGCGGGAGCAGAGUGUGCAGAAGUCCUCCACGUUCCCCAGGACGGGCUAUGACUCGGUGAAGCUCUACAGCCCCACCUCCAAAGCCCUGAACCGCAGUGAUGAUGUGUCCGUCUGCAGCGUGUCCAGUCUCGGUACCGAGCUGUCCACCACCCUGUCCGUCAGUAAUGAGGACAUCUUGGACCUCAUGGUCACGAGCAGCUCCAGUGCCAUCGUGACCCUGGAGAAUGUCGAUGACCCGCAGUUUACUGACGUCACCUUGAGCUCCAUCAAGGAAACCCAUGACCUACACCAGCAGGACUGUGCUGAUGAAAUUGCAGAGGGAAGUAAACUGAAAAAAUUGGGACCAUUUAGUAACUUCUUUACAAGGAAUUUGCUUACUAGAAAACAAAAUGCAAGACUUGACAAACAAAAUGACUUGGGAUGGAAGUUAUUUGGAAAAAUACCACUCCGAGAGAAUGCUCAGAAAGAGUCAAAGAAAGUACAAAAGGAAUAUGAAGACCAGGCUGGCCGAGCUAGCAGGCCGCCCUCCCCGAAGCAGAAUGUGAGGAAGAACCUUGACUUCGAGCCGCUCUCCACCACCGCACUCAUCCUGGAGGACAGACCCGCAAACCUGCCGGCGAAGCCCGCUGAAGAAGCCCAGAGGCACAGGCAGCAGUAUGAGGAAAUGGUGGUCCAGGCCAAGAAGCGAGAGCUGAAGGAAGCCCAGCGGAGGAAGAAGCAGCUGGAAGAAAGAUGCCGGCAGGAAGAGAGCAUUGGGAAUGCCGUCCUGACGUGGAACAAUGAGAUUUUGCCUAACUGGGAAACCAUGUGGUGCUCUCGAAAGGUCCGGGACCUGUGGUGGCAGGGGAUCCCUCCCAGCGUGAGGGGCAAAGUCUGGAGCUUAGCCAUUGGCAACGAGUUAAACAUCACCCAUGAGCUCUUCCACAUCUGCCUCGCCCGGGCCAAGGAGAGGUGGCGGUGCUUCAGCGCGGGCGGCCCCGACGCCGACAGUGAAGAUGCCGGGUUCUCAGCGGCUGACAGAGAAGCCAGCCUGGAACUGAUCAAACUGGACAUUUCUAGAACAUUCCCUAACCUCUGCAUUUUCCAGCAGGGCGGCCCGUAUCAUGACAUGCUGCACAGCGUUUUGGGCGCUUAUACUUGUUACCGACCGGAUGUGGGCUAUGUGCAGGGCAUGUCCUUCAUAGCCGCAGUGCUGAUCCUGAACUUGGACACUGCAGAUGCCUUCAUCGCGUUCUCCAAUCUUUUGAAUAAACCCUGUCAAAUGGCGUUUUUCCGAGUGGACCAUGGCCUUAUGUUGACUUAUUUUGCUGCAUUUGAGGUAUUCUUUGAAGAAAACUUGCCGAAAUUAUUUACUCAUUUCAAGAAAAACAGCUUAACUCCAGACAUCUACCUAAUUGAUUGGAUCUUUACCUUGUACAGUAAGUCUCUGCCCCUCGACCUGGCCUGCCGCAUCUGGGACGUGUUCUGCCGCGACGGGGAGGAGUUCCUGUUCCGCACGGCCCUGGGCAUCCUGCGGCUGUUCGAGGACAUUCUGACCCGGAUGGACUUCAUCCACGUCGCCCAGUUCCUCACCAGGCUGCCCGAGGACCUGCCUGCGGACGAGGUGUUUGCCUCCAUAGCUGCAGUUCAGAUGCAAAGUCGCAGCAAGAAGUGGGCUCAGGUGCUGACGGCGUUGCAGAGGGACAGCCGGGAGACGGAGAAAGGAAGCCCGUCGCUCAGGCACUGA